AUGGAAGAGUCGAGCGCUCCGACGUCAAAGAAGGGCGCGAAAAAGGCCGAGGCCAAGGCUAAGAAGGAGGCCUUGAAAGCCCAGCGUGCUGCAGAACUCGCCGCCGCUGCCGCCGCCGUCAAUCUCGAGGACGACCCCGCCAAGGACAACUACGGGAACAAGCAGACCACGACCUCAGCCUUCAGCCAGCACGCCCAAGAAGUCGAAAUACGCUCCAUUGACGAAACACACAAUGAAAAGACGGUCAUUGUGCGCGCAUGGCUUCAAAAGUCCCGCGUACAGAGUGCCAAGAUGGGCUUUGUUGAGCUCCGCAAAGGGGGCAACUGGGACAUCCAGGGCGUCAUUAUGGCCUCUGACGAGGAACCCCUUGUCAGCCGUCGCAUGGUUAAAUGGGUAGCUAGCAUCAACCCCGAGAGCUUCGUAGCGGUUGAAGCCAAGGUGAAGAAACCUCUCGAGCCCGUCAAGAGCUGCCGCGUCUCGGGAUUCGAGCUUCACAUCACAAAGUGCUUCGUGCUCGCGCCAGCUCCCGCCGUACUCGGCAUGACCAUAGGCACCGCCAGCCAACCCAUUGUCAAUUUCAGCGACGAGACUGACCAAGCGGGAGAUGUUGACGCCGGGAAGGCCGCCGAGGCCGCUUCCGAGCAUACCGCGCCAGCCGCAAGCAUGCUCACUCAUCUCGACAACAUUGCCAUGCACAAGCGCGCUCCUGUUCAGCAGGCCAUUGCGGAUAUCCGCAUCGAAGUGAAGAGACUCUUUCGCUCAUACCUCGACUCCCGCGGCUUCAAGGAAUUCGAACCGCCCUGCCUCAUCGGCGCGGCGUCUGAGGGCGGUGGAAACGUCUUUCGACUCGCGUAUUUCGGCGAGGAGGCCUUUCUGGCCCAAUCACCCCAAUUCUACAAACAGUUCGAGAUUGCAGGCGGCAGGGAGCGGGUGUUCAGCAUAGGCCCCGUUUUCAGGGCCGAAAACUCCAACACGCCGAGGCACAUGACCGAGUUUACAGGGCUUGAUCUUGAGAUGGAAAUCAAGGAAUCUUACACCGAAGUUAUUUCCAUACUGGAGGGUGUGCUGUUGUCCAUCUUCCGCGGAAUCCAAGUUUUGCCGCCAAUAGAGCGAUGUGCAAACGAAAUUGAGACAGUCCGAGCCGUUUACCAUUCAGAGCCGCUCCUCCUUCCCGAGCCAGGCAAAGAAGUCCGCUUGACCUUUGCCGAAGCGCAAAAGCUUUUACGAGAGGAAGGGCCCCCGGAGUUUGCAAAUGUACGCGACGACGAAGAUAUGAGCACCCCCCAAGAGAAGGCCCUUGGCCAAGUCGUCCGCGCCAAGUACAAGACGGACUUUUUCGUCAUUGAUAAGUUCCCCGAGACGGCGCGGCCAUUUUACGCCAAGCUUGACGACGCCGGUACCACGGUAGGAGACGGUGUCCGCGUUACAAAUGCCUAUGAUAUGUUCCUGCGUGGGCAGGAGGUGCUCUCGGGCGGCCAACGUAUUCAUGACCCGGUCGAGCUCGAGGCCCGUAUCCGCUCCAAGGGUGUGGACCCGAAAAGUGGCGGCAUCAAGGAGUACUUGGCGAUGUUUCAACAGGUUGGUGUGCCGCCGCAUGGCGGAGGUGGCAUUGGUCUUGAUCGCGUGGUUGCUUGGAUUCUGGGACUGCCAAGCGUCCACCUCGCGGCGUAUUAUCCUCGCACGCCGAAGAGACUGUUGCCAUGA